AACACGGUACAUAUCUCGUGGGCCAGAAGUGGAGCAACUGGCUUAUUACAGCUCGCAUUCAAAGUGUUAUUUCACUGGACUAUUACCUAAAACAAACCAAAACAUAUAUUUACUCUGCGGCCACGAAUAUGGACAUCGAGGCCUAGCUAGCUAGCUGCUAAUGUUACCAUUGCGUGCUUAUGUCUUAUGGUUACUAGCAUGUCGCUAACUAACUAGCUUAGUAACCCAAAUUUACACAGUGCUAGUAUUAGCUAGCACCUUAACGUUACCUGCAGCAAUUAACGUUUUGUCCCGAUACGUUACAGAUAAAUACACACUUCCAUCUGUGUACUUUGUUAGAGAUUUGUCAACAAUCUUGUUUCCCUAUUUAGCCCAGCUGCUAUUAGCUACGUUGUAAAGUAGCGCGCGCGCACCAGCUAUCCUGAGCUAAUUUAGCUUGCUUGUUAACAUUAGGCUUGGUUGUGGUUUGUCAGUAAUAUUGGUUUUUCACGGUGGACUUCGCCAAAAAGCAAGUCUCCAGUUUUAGAAAUGCACAGUGUAUGGAUAAAUCAUGGCGUAGUAAUCGACAAUGUAAAUAACACUAAGUCAUCUAACUAAUUAGAAAGGUAUUGCAGUUCAUCGUAGCUAGUUAGCCUCACCAUGCAAUGGCGCACAGGUGGGACAUGGGUCAUGAUGUACUGUAGUUGUCUAAGAAUCAGUAUUAAGAUGUUGUACAACACUUGCGUUGACAGUUUGCUGGUUAUAUUGUAUUAAGACGUGAAUGUUGUGUAUACUGUUUUUCAGAGGUCAUUCUUUAGCUAGCUAAUGCACAUAAACACCACGUUGUCUGUAGCCUCUAGUGGUCCUUUUUAUGCUCUGUUGAUGGCUAUUAGCCAAUGAUAGUUGUUUUUCAUAAUUUGAUGAUAACCAUUACACUGACAUUGUUGCUGAUUCAGGUCGAGAUGAAAAAAUAUUUGGUUCUCAGUACAUAUCAGUUGUUAAAUGAAUUUACCUUCACACCUUCACAUAGUGGGUUAGGGUUUACUGAUAUUUGUGCCACCAAACAAUUCCAACCUACUGUAAUCUCUGAAAGAAAUCCCUAUUUACGAAGAGACUUGAUUUAGUUAGGGCCAGGUUUAGCUUUGAAUUCCAUCCAUACUAAUACCAGGGUUGUCUGCUGGUAAUAGUCCAGACUGUAACUUCAUCAUACCCAAACUAGAAGGCCUGAAAAGUUAAAAGAGGACUAGACACAUUUACAGUGGCACAACACUUGUCAUAACUUGUGCGUGUGCUGGCCUUAAACUCACAUUAGUGUUCUAAAUGUGGCUUGUCUUUAAGUGGGCUGUUGCUAUUCAUGUACUGUCUGCAAUACAACAACCUCGAACACAACUAGUGUCAUUGCGCUGUCUGUGUGAGACUCUUCUACUAGUAUUUCCAUGAAGCAAAAUUGGUUAAUACACUCCCCUCAGAAAGUGUUUGACCAAUUCACCUUCUCUACAUUUUGUUGUAUUAUGGACUUUAAUAUUAAUAAUUGACUACUGUGUUGUAGUGUUGCAAAGAGAAGUAGGUAUAGUGUACUUUUGCCUGCCAGUUGUUAUAAGUUCUUGUUGUUUCUGUAGCAUGUGUAACAAUGUGGUUAGAACAUCUGAACAGUAGCUUAAACAUAAGGUGAUAAAACGGAUCUAUGAGCCAGCAAAUUGAAACACAUUUCUGUCCUUGAGCAAGGCACUCAAUUGAAUGCUUCCAGGGUGAUCAAAACAUCACCACACACCUUUUGGAGGGGUUUGGUGAACAUGCAUGGUCAACUCACAACUACUCCAAUGUAUGGUGUAUAUUUCCAUGUAGACUGAUAUUUUGAAAGUUAUGCACGUAUCCCUAUCGUGGUGCAUACAUUUUAGCUUCAACAGCUAUAGAAUUGUCUCCUUUCUAGUUAUCGGAUAUUAAUUGUUCAACACCUGUAGUUGCACAUCAUUCCAUAGCCUAGACAAAAGAUAAAUAUUACAAUACUAGGACUUUAAUGCUUCCCCUUACUAUCAACAAACUUGUUAUAAAUCUUUUUGGGCUCUGUCAAAUGGGUGGACAUCUCAAGGAUGAUCAAAAGACAGGAUACAUCUGACUUUGGAGAAUAAUUGCAAUGGGUCUGAAUGCUUGUUCCAGUCAAAGGUUUGGACCAAGUCAUUCAAUGAGAUUUAUUCAGUUUUAAAAUUUUCCACAUUGUAGAAUAGCCUAAUAGUGAAUACAUAAAUACUAUGAAAAAACAUAUGGAAUAAUGUAGGAACCAAAAAAGACAAGCAAGUCAAAAUACAUGUAUAUUUUAGAUACUUCAAAAUAGACACUCUUAGCAUUCUCUCAACCAUCUUCAUGAGUUAGUCACCUAAAAUUCAUUUCAAUGAUCAGGUGUGCCUUGUUAAAUGUUUAAGUGCAGACUUUAUUUCCUUCUUAAUGCGUUUAAGCCAAUUACUUGUGUUGUGACUAGGUAGGGUGGUCUCAUCUUCUGCAUUGUUGCCCAUCCAGCAAGUCAGAGUGCAAACUGACCAGAUUGUCAGCACAAGUUCCAAAGUUGCAUCUUACCAUGAUCAAAAUGAAGACUUUUUUUUUUAUCUAGAAGGGAUUACAAAGCCUUUUAGGCUCUGGGGCUUCACUAAUCCACAGUCCGAGCAUUAAUCUUUCAAAAAAGAUCUGAAUGAUGUCAGAACAAGAUUUGACAGAGAUAGUACAGAUAGCAGUGGAGGACUUGGGCCAGGGUGACCAAACUGAUGUGUUGGACAAUCAUGAAGAUUGUGAUGACAAGCCUGACAGGAAAAGGCAAAGGGUUGACAACAGUGGCCAGGAUGCAUCUCUAAAGACCAUUUUGUACUCCAUCAGCCAGACAAUCUGCCAGCGUCUGGACAACAUGGAGGCCAAGCUGCAGGUCGUUGAGGCAACAUGCCGGGCACUAGAGAGAAAGAUGGACACUAUGGUCAACAAGAGUCAGACGCCAAUACAGGUCCCUAUGGUGGCUGGGUCCCCCCUUGGGGCCACCCAGACAUGGAACAAAGUGCGCUGCGUUGUUCCUUUGACCAAUGUCAUAGUGAGCCAAGACCGGCCGAAGGGCCAGGAAGAGGCAGUGACUCGCGGGGCAGAUUCACUGGAAAACCUACUCAGCAACACGGUGGGCGGGCGAAGGCAGAACACGUUCCUGGUGAAGGUGCCAGCGCCAGAGGACAGCCAGGAAGAUCAGGAGAGCGGCUCGGAGGCCAGUGACUCUGUGUCCAAUAGUGGCCAGGCUAGCAACGCUCAGAGCACCCAGAACGUCACCCUCAUCACCCUUAACUCAGAAGAGGACUACCCAGGAGGCACUUGGCUUGGCGAUGAGAACAAUGCGGAGAUGCGCGUGCGCUGCCCGGUGUCCCCGGGGGACAUGCUCCACAUCAGCACCAACUGCAGGACGGCGGAGAAGAUGGCGCUCACCCUGCUGGACUACCUUUUCCACCGUGAGGUGCAGGCCAUGUCCAACCUCUCAGGCCAGGGGAAGCACGGCAAGAAACAGCUGGACCCGCUCAUGAUCUACGGAAUACGCUGUCACCUGUUCUAUAAGUUUGGCAUCACUGAAUCGGACUGGUACCGCAUCAAGCAGAGCAUCGACUCCAAAUGUCGCACUGCGUGGAGACGGAAGCAACGCGGCCAGAGUUUGGCGGUCAAAAGCUUCUCCAGACGCAGCACCAACGCACCGGGCAGUUCAGAGGGUGGCACGGUGGCGGAGGCAGCUCAGCAAACGUUACACUAUACCCUGGCCAACCAGGCCGUCCAGCAGGUCCAGAUCCACCGCAUUGGAGAGGACGGACAGGUCCAAGUGAUCCCACAGGGACAUCUCCACAUUGCCCAGGUGCCACAAGGAGAAGAGGUGCAGAUCACACAGGACAGUGAAGGAAACCUUCAGAUCCACCAGGUGCAUGUUGGGCAGGAUGGACAGAUGCUUCGUGGGGCCCAGCUGAUAGCUGUGGCGUCAGCUGACGGAGGGGCUACAACGGUGGAGGGCUCUUCCUUACAGGCUAGUGACAUCCAGGUGCAGUACGUCCAACUGGCCCCUGUCAACGAUCACACUGCUACUGUACAGGCCGCAGACCUAGGCCCAGCCAUGCAGGGUGAGAUGGAAGUGAAGGAGGGAUCCAUCCAGCUGCCUGCGGGGGAGAACGGGGAGGUGGUGCAGAUCGUCAGCUCUGUGGGCACCUGAAGGCCCCUGAGCAAAUUACAACAGAAAAACAGAGGAGAUCGAGAGAAAAGUGUUUUUUGUUAUUUUGUAUUGACUUGGUCCAGAAGCCACGUUCGUUCUUUGUCAACAAACAGUAUGAAAAUGUUCAUUGAGAACACAGAGACUCUUACAGCUGUUACCAAGAACUAGUUAACUAGUCAUCACUUUGUCACCAUCAGAGCAGGGAGGCCUGGGCACAUUGCGGGGGGUUAAACCCUACACAUUAAGGAUACUGUGCAGGCAGACAAUCACUGCCUAUAUUCUCGGAAAAAACAUAACCCAAAAGGUGCUACGGCAUAUAGCACUACCCUUUGUUUAGUUCCAGAAAGAAGGAUUUUGUCUUUCAGUUUGGUAAUUCCACCUGGAACCGGAAGUUAUAUCGGGAACUAAAAAUGGUUCUACCUGGAAACUUAAAGGGGUUCUCCUACCAGGACAGCCGGAUAACACUUUUAGCUCACAAGUCUUUAGUUUAAUUGUUAUUUUGGUUAUGUUGACCCUAAAAAAGCAUGAGCAGUAUUCCGUCUAAACAUCCCCGCCAAGAGCUAGGCUACCGUUAACCUUCAGGAACCGUAUUCUACACACCGAGAACUGUACUAUUCUCUUCACUCAUGGAAAAAAGGGUUCUGCAAGGGAUUCUUGGCCAUCCCUGUGGGGGAAACCUUUGGGUUCUGUGUAGAACUCUUUUUGUUUCAUGUAUGCCCACUGGAAAAAGUUGGAGAACCAUUUUAGAUCUAUGCUUUCUUCCUCCCCCUCUUCAUCUGUGCAGCACUUCUGGAAUGGAUCUUUCUUUGCCAUCUUCCUCCAGCUUGUUUUCAUAUUGGUUAACCCACAUUGCUUUUGUUGUUCUGUUCCGUUUACCUAAUUGUACCAUACUGAAGUAUUUGUGGGGCUUUGGUUGGAGGUAGACAACCAUGAAAUAGCAGAAGAUUUUUAUGAUAAUACAUGACAAUGACUUACAUGUAGAGUUAAGAGAAAAAGUUUUUCUUUGUUGUAUUUCUGUGAAGGAAUUCAUCGGAAAUAAAAUAUUUUGUGGUUGC